AUGAUUUCAAUGGCAGCGUUGCAGCCUGUGCCGGCCAGGGCCCGCGCCUGCCUUUCCAGGGCUUUCGAGCCGCCCCGUUCCGCGCAAAGAAGCCCAGGCGGUCGUUCAGGGUCGCAUAAAGCCCGUGCCUCGUUGGCUUUCCUGGGAGCCUCGUGCGGAAGUUGGUGUUAUCGCCCCGUGACGCGACGUGGUUGCGAUGGAGGCUGUAAAAGCUCCGAUUCGGAUGUGGACCUUCAAGUCUCCGACUCGCCAGGGAAGGAGAUGCGGCGGUUCUGGCGCCGCCGCCAGCGGCUGGAAUCCGGUGAUGGGGAGGCGGCAGAGCCGAGGGCUCGCUGCCCACCCCUCACAGCUCCGGACCCAGAUGACUACCCUUCAGACCUCUCUGAGAAGGUGGAUGCUGUGCAGCAGCUGCUGGGGCAGCGUUUGGACGAAGAUGCUGUGGAACGAGGCUUGGAAGUGGUGGCAUGUUCGGAACCCCUCCACUACCGGCACCGGGUGAAGUUCGAUUUGCAGCACGACGGCGACGCGGUACGCUACGUCGUGUUUGACCCAGACAGUACAGAGUGGCUGCCUGUCGAUUCCUAUCCGUUGGCUUCCCGACGCAUCAACCGCCUGAUGUCAGAUCUUCUCGACCUACUCUCUCGCGAGGCCCGGCUCCGGGAGAAAGCUUUCCAGGUCGAGCUCAUCUCCACAACAACAGACGAAGCACUCGCCUGCAUCCUUUAUCACAGGAGACUCUCGCGGGAGGAUGAUAAGCUGCAAGCCCAACAGGCAGCAGCCGCUCUAGAUGCAGUGGUGGUGCUUCGGGCAAAGGGUCAGCGGUUGGCUUGGCCGCCGCGCCGCAGCUUCCUUGUGCAGGAGAACGAGAUCGAGGGCAAAGUCUACCCUCAAUGGCUCAUGGAGAACAGCUUCUUCCAAGCAAACCUCCUCCUGAAUCGAGAGAUGCAGUCCUGGGUCGCUGCCCAGACACAAGUCGAGGGAGAAGCCCGCGACCUCCUGGAAAUGUACUGCGGCAACGGCAACUUCACACUACCUGUUGCACGCAACUUCCGCCGUGUGCUCGCCAACGAGAUAGACGAGCCAGCAGUGAGAGGGGCAGAAAUAUGCGCGAAGAAGGCGGAUGUCCACAAUCUACAAUUUCGCAGAUGCCGAGCGGAGAGCUUGGAUCUGGAGAGCCAAAUCCGACCUGUUGGCCCUUAUGACUUCUCCACCCUGCUUGUGGACCCUCCGCGCUGCGGGCUAGAUGAUCGUUCCCGGGCGAUAGUGGAAAGCUUCGAGAAUUUGAUCUACGUCUCCUGCAAUCCAAGGUCUUUGGCACGCGAUCUUGAAGCCCUGCAAAGUCACAGGACUUUGUGUGGUGCAUCUAGUGGCAAUCAGACCUGCUUCUGUGAAGACCGAUCCAAGCAGCUUGCCUCUUCGACCAGUUUCCUUGGACAGACCACUCAGAAGUGGCGUUACGCCUCGUCCGUAAAAGAGGGGCUUGGCGUAAGCAUGCCGCGAAGGUCUGACUUCAUGGCCGGCUCCGCAAGCCGAUCGUACUUACUCCUUGUCCACCGUGCAGCGAAGCACGUCCUGGAGGAGUGCGAGCCUUAUGUGGCCUUGAAAAACUGGCUGCAAAGGGUCGAGGUGCCGAUACCAGCUGUCCGCGAAACGCCCUUGCCCACCGCUGAGCGCGCCGUUGCCACAGCGCUGAAGUCCAUCGAGGAGAUGCCGAUGAAUACAGUUUGCUCCAUUUUUACAGAAUCGGGCCUAUAA